CGGGAGGAUGGGGCAGAACGGGACUGCCAUGGAAGGUAUUUUUCAGUUGGAAGGAGGGGAGGGUAUCGUUAUCAUAGAGGUCACAAGCCUAUCAGAAGAGGGUACUGAUAGGCGAAGGGAGGGGCAGGUGUUGGAGAUGACCGAAGCGAAGGAAGGAAGUUUCAAAAUGGAACAAAACGACAUAUGUGGAAACGAAUGUAAUUCUGCAGAGAACACAAAUGGACAGAUAACUUUAACUGCCAAAACUGUUUGAAAUGGACCUAACGGGAGCGUGUCUAUGUUCCCCGGGUCCUAUGUUCCCCGGGUCCUAUGUUCCCCUCUUUGUAUGAGACUGGGGAACAUAGGACCCUUUUUUGAAAAAAGGGUCCUAUGUUCCCAGCUUUUCCCAAUGAGGGUCCUAUGUUCCCUGAUAUGUAUGUGACCGGGGAAAAUAGGACCCUGUUUCAAAUAAAGGUUCCUAUGUUCCCCGGUCUGUUACUUUUUCCACCAUUACUGCCAAAUUCCGGCCGAGAUAACCACCAUUGCAUGUCUUUACCUUUUGUGGAAGAGGGAGAGACAUCGGAGAACCCGACGCAGUCUAUUCAUAAUAUUGUAAUGACCACGGAAGAGGCAGUGAAUGAAGUAUUGAUUAGACAGAUUUAUUAGAUAGGCCUACCUAAUAAACCGUUGGAACACACAAGACCGGAAACCAUAGCAACGCCGGUAGACAAACUCCGAGAAGCCCAAUCCCUACGAGAGCUCCCCGCGCUACGGCCAUCCGGAGGCGCACAAAGCUUUUGGCCGUGAUAUUAUAUUUCUCCUCCAUGCUGCAGUUCACCCCGGACUGCACUGCACUGAGUUGGCCGGUUGAACGCUGAUUGGCUGUCAUCACGCGAAUGUCGCGUCUAAGUUUAAAUAUUUUUAAAGAUUGAUAGAUUGCGGGGAACAUAGGACAAUUUACCCAGAAAAGGGUUCUAUGUUCGCCGCAACAGUGGGGAGCAUAGGACCUUUUUUCAGAAAAAGGGUCCUAUGCUCCCCGGUAUGUAAUGCUACACACGGGAACAUAGGACCCUUUUUGGGAAAAACGGGGACCCGGGGAACAUAGGGAUGACCCCGACCCAACUACACCUGACACUCAAGAAAUGCCAUUUUCCAAGUGAUUAAAAUCAGAUGGGUUUAAGAGUGUGUGUAUGUGCGUGUGUGUGUGUGCGUUUAGGUAUGUAGUGUGUGUGCUCUUUAACCAGUUCACCUUAGAACUCAAAGAGAAAACGCUUCAAGACAAUUGCUACUGUGCUUAAUGCCGUGGUGCGGUCUCGGUUUAUAGACCUACUCUAUGGAGUAGGCCUACAUAAGCUAUUUGUGUAAUACAGCUCACCCUCACAAGAAAUACUAGUCAUAAUUAAUAAAACUCUUGAUACAUUGUAACCUUAUUUGAAUUAUUCAUUGAGUCAGGGUUUUUGUAAAAUAUUGAACAGCGGGAGAGUAUAGGCGAUGGUGUUUUUUCUUUUCUUAUUUACGUUCCGUUUCCCAUCGUCUGUUUUAAAACUCCGAGAAACUAUCCAAUAAUUAUCUAUGUUUUUAAUCACGCUUACGUUGUAACCCUUACAUAUAACUGCUUAACUAUUAAGUAGAAUAUAUUCGAAUAUAUUGUCUAUAAAUUAAUAAUACGACGUGGGGAACCCAUCCCCAAGUCUUGACUCCCCGGUGGGGAAUUAAACGAUUUCCGAGUUGUUCCGAACGCAUCUUACUGUUCUAGUCCCAUCCAUCGUACGGAGUUAUAAUUAUGCCUACGAAAAUGGCGUAAAUGGAUGCACUUAGGAUGUGUGGCUGCACUUAGAUCUGGUAUUCCAGAUCCUUUAUUUGACACGACUUGGAAGUCAUACAAUCCCAAGUUGGGACAACCAAUUGCUUCAGUACAACAAACAGUGGAUACAGAUAUUGUUACGUCCACUUUGAACACUACUCGUCACAACCGCAAACGAGCCCCUGUAUGAAUUCAACGCAUAAACAUGGUGAAGUUGGAGCUGGAUCAAGUGGUGGUACGGAGGAUGAAGGAGGAUGACAUAGACACUGUCAAAGCACUCAUCAAGGAAGGAGGUGAAGGAACGGAGAACCGCCUCAUCCUCCACGUCCUCACCCGUCCUCUGUGUCUCUUCGUCCUCGCUAUCAUUUCCUCAGUGCUCCGCUGCGUCGUCCACUCCUUCAUCUUGGCACUGGCCAUACCCGUCUUCCUGCUCAUCGUCUUCCUGAAGAUCACCAUGCCGAGGGCCACGGGGGUCCUGGGCACCAGCCGGCCCUGCUGGGACUACGUGGGCAGCAGCCUCAGGGGGGCCGGGGACGAUAUCCUGGAGAACCCCUACACCAGGAUCAGCGGCAAGACAGCAACCACACAAAAGCCAAAGCGGAGGAUGAAACCCAAGACCACGGAGGAGGCGUCCGCCCCGUCGGAGAGGAUCGACCCUGACCGGGAGGAGGCGGCGGGCCAGGUGUGGCUGGCCGACUGCGACGGCGAGAUCGCCGGCUGCGUGUGCCGGGAGAGUGAGAAGCGCCCGGGGACCAGGAGGAUCUGCAGGGUGGUGGUGGGCUCCUGGUACCGUAGGGAGGGCCUUGGUCGCCUCCUGGUCCAGAGCCUGGAGCACAGGGAGCGGGAGGCCGGGGUCUGCAGGCUCUACGCCCACGUGCCGUUCCCGUCCACGCUUGGGGAGGUGUUCUUCAGGAAGCUGGGCUACCGGCCGCUGGGAGAGCGGACCGGAGAAGAAGGCGAGGUGGAGGAUGAGGAGGUGAAGGUGGAGAGGCCAGAAAGGGGAUUCCUGGGUUUCCCCCUAACCAAGGUGUAUUUCAAAGACCUCUGAGGACGUUCAGGUAGCCUCUAGAAGAACUACACGUGGGAAAUGUUGAGGGACUAAAGAGAAAAGACUAAAUUUGGCAAUCAAGUGUACAUGUAUACUUCAGAGACCAGUGUAACUACAUCAGCUAUUUGCGUCUGUUUCAUUAUUUAUUUGAAUCCCUUUGUUAUUUAUAAUCAGUAUUUAUUCAUGGUGUCUUGUUCUUAUUUUGUUGCUAAUUUUCUAAGGAGAGUGGAAAUGUUUGGAUUCUUGUUUGUGAUGAAGUAAAAUACUUUAUGGAAAAGUGUUUCAAAUAUUUUUCUGUGUGUGUGCAUGUGUCUGUUGAUGUGGCUUUGCAUAUGUGGCCACUUGCGGUUUGUGUGUGCUUCAGCAGGUACCUUAAGGAACUGGUGAUAAGCAGAUUCAUCACAUUUACACUUCAGCCA